UAUCUAAGACACAGGGCUCUGUAGGAAUACAGACAAAUCCUUAAAGAAAUUCACAGAUAUAGAAGAAAGAGACUGACUUGCAUGUAUGUUCAAAGUAGUGUGAAGAGUGCAUUUUAAGGCGCGUAGAAACACAAGUCUGCACUUGCAAAUAUUUCUCUAAUUCCUUUAAUGUGAGUGCAAUGGAGAUUUCAUGGAACUUCAGGUUUGGCAUCGUCAUCUUGGGCGACUCUGCCGUGGGGAAAUCGUCUCUCUUGCAUCGGUACACUGAGGGUACCUUUGACGAGUCCAGGAAGUCUCCACUGGGCAUUGACUUCAAAGUCAAACACCUAGACUUUGACCCUGGGGUGCUGAUAAAACUCCUUCUUUGGGACACAGCUGGGCAGGAAAGAUUCAGAUCAAUCUCCAAAUCCUACAUGAGGAACUCGGUGGGCUGCCUCCUGGUGUUCGACAUCUCCCAACGGAAGACCUUUGAUCAAGUGAGGAGCUGGCACAAGGAAGUCGUAGAAUAUGUCAAACCCGCCACCAUGGUCUUCAGCUUGAUUGGGCACAAGGCUGACCUUGAAGCACAAAGGACAGUGAGUAAAAAGGAGGCAGAGGAGAUGGCCAAGGAGCUGGACAUGACCGGUUACCUGGAGGUCUCCUCCAAAGACAACACAAACGUGGACCUUGCCUUUGAAAUGCUCACCAAGGAGAUCUACAGCCAGUUUUACCAGGGCAAAAUUCCAAUGCAGGAAGGCUGGUAUGGACUGACUGUUGGGACUCCUUUGAAACUAGAACAAACAGAAGUGAAGGAAACAACAAAGUCAGGUUGUGGCUGUGGGUGAAUUUCAAAGGGAAUUUGCUGAAUUGUAAACCUUAAAGAGUUGAUGCCUGAUGUUCAAACACUUAACCCCUUUUUUUUGUUUGUUUUUUUUACUGUAUUUCCUUAGGUGCAAUGUUUCAUUUUAUUUCAAUAUGGUACAUACUAGUUCAUUAAUUAACUAGUCAGUGCUGAUUCCAUGACCUUUUUAAAGACUCAACAUAGUUAACAAAACAAAACAUUUUUCUUUGGUUAAGUUCAAUCAAUCAAAAGCUUGUAGGCCUAACAGGUUUCCCAUUUUUGUAUUGUUUCUCAAGGCUGCUGUUGUUUAUGAUGGCAAUCUGAUUAUUCAUUUAAUAACCUUGAAAAUACAUUUUUGAUUUUUUAACAACAACUUUUAAAGGUAAGACUCAGAAAUAUACAAAAGCAUUAUCAAGGCUGGGCUUCUCAGCAAAGGCACUUCAGAAAGCUCUUUUAUAGCCUUUUCCAGCAUACAAUGUUUACAAAAUAAUUUUAAAAAUAUGCUAAAUUUGGAAAAUGGAUAGCAUACCUAUUGAGAUAAAAGAGGUUUACCUUAUUAUUUAAAAUGUGGGAACAAUUCCUUAAAGGAAAGUGUGAUUUAGGAAUUCACAAACAGACAAAAAAUUACUUGGUGACUUAUACUGUAUGUGAUGUGGUGCAUAGUGAACAGUCAGAACAGUGGAACCAAUAGAUAUAGUUUAGCAAUCAAUGGUAUGCGUUAUUGAAAUGUUAUUUAAAAGGUGAUUAAAAUAUUUCAAAUGUUU